GAUAGGCCUUUUCAAUCAUUUCGCUAUUGAAUUUGAGCUGAUAGUGCUGUUUUGUACUCAUUUUCGAUUAUAAGAAACCUCAGAUGAAAUCGUUUAGAGAGAGUAAUGGUGUUGGCUUUCUUUACUUAGGGGUCUAAAUUGUGGGGGUAAAUGGUUUUGGUAUCAGGCAAAACUGAACUCCAUAAAGACAAACCAAAAUUGCAAAUACUCAUCAUGGCUCUAAGACUCUCCUCCGUUGUCUCCUCCACAGUGGUCCGUAGGCGACUCCCUCUGGUGGGUGCCUUUUGUGUUCUUAGUUUUGGCCUCUCCAAUCUCUGUGCCGUUUCUCUAUCUUCGAGAACAGGGUGUGCUCAGUCUCUCCCUUUUGCCCCUCUCUUCCGGACGAAAUUCGGUAGUCAGUCUGAGAGUAAGAAAUUUCAUACUGUAAGGAUGGAAGCAAGUAAGACGACUGUACCCAGCAUUGUUGUCUAUGUUACAGUUCCAAACAAGGAAGCAGGGAAAAAAUUGGCUGAAAGCAUAGUCAAAGAGCGGCUCGCAGCGUGUGUUAACCGAAUACCAGGUGUUGAAUCAGUUUAUGAGUGGAAAGGAGAGAUACAAACUGACUCUGAAGAGCUGCUUAUAAUCAAGACGAGGGAAUCUCUUCUAGAGGCUUUAACUGAGCAUGUCAAGGCAAAUCAUGAAUAUGACGUGCCUGAGGUGAUUUCCUUACCCAUAACCGGUGGCAAUCUCCAGUAUUUGGAGUGGAUUAAGAACAGUACUCGGGACUAAGAUGACAGGCAGUCGCUCAUACCGGUUUGGACUGCAUUAAAUAAGUCUUGCUUUGCAUACUUAGCCUCAGAUUACGCCUGUGCAUGCUCUAAAACAUGGAUAAACUCGUAUAUGUGAUGAACAUGGUUAAUAUUAGUCCUAUACAUAUAGUCGGAAUAUGAAUUUAGUCCAAAACAUUCACUUUUUGAAAAUUGGGCCCUAAACGUUUGAAAUCGUUAUCGAAGUGGCGUGGGGUAGAAGUGUCUUGUUUAGUAGCCGACUAGCCGUUUGCAAUUAAGCCAAAAAUUCCGACACGAGGCUACAUUGCUUAACAACCAUUGGAAUCAUGUUUUGGGUAUCUAGUUUGGGUCGAAGUGUCUUGUUUAGUAGCCGUUUGCAAUUAAAUGACUCCGAAAUUUUUUUUGGGUA